GAAGGGAAGGUGCAGGGUGGAGGGGCAUAAAGGGAAAAAAUGGGACAAGUGUAACAUUAUAAUCAAUAAAAUAUACUUAAAAAAUAAUAAUUCACCUUCCCACACCACACUGAGUACUGAGCAGUUGCCCUACCCUCCCUAUUCACCAAUUUUGCCCCAAGGGACUCUUUUUUUUUUUUUACCCUCUCCUCUCCUCCUGGUGAAAAAUAUCCUCAAAGAGAAAUUUUUUCCAUGGUGGAAGAGGUGAAACAAACAAACAAAAAAUGGCAGAAUUAGUAAAAGGCAUCAAAAUCAGAGUUCAAAAACUCUUUUGAUCAGGGAAAGAUCUUGAUAGGUGUAUUGCAGCAAUACUUUGAAGGUGACUGAAGAAUAAAUAUAUAAUUUUUAAUAAAUAAACUGUUUUGGGGGUUCCCCUCUGCCUGUGUGUAUGUGCCUAUAUAACUGUGUGGAUAUGUUCAAAGAUAAAGACAGAUACUAGUUAAAGUAGUCAGGAGAGAUUUUAAUCAGUAAUAUAGUGUUGCAGUAGGGAAAACAGUCCAGCAUGAACUAAACUCAGCUUUGAUUUGUAGAGUUGUUUGGGCAGUUUAGAAGGAGAAUGGGAUUACAGAGAGGAGGUGAAUGGGGUUCAUAGAGUCAAAGAAGAUGAAAAGUGCAAAAAGCAGGAAGGAGGAUUUGGUCCAUAUAAAACACAUUUGGGUUAGGCUCCUACCCUCCAUUCAAGGCUGGGAGACAGACCCUAUCUUCAGAUGUUGCCUGGAACAAAAGGUAAAUUCUUUGGUGACCUCGAGCUUUCCCCGGUAUGUAUUUUAAGUCGGGGCAGGGUGAUCCUAGGAACGGAGCUGUUAGAAACUAUAUUAGUGUUUCCUUGGCUAAUGUACAGCCUAGUGGAGAAAGGGCUUAGAAGACCCUGGCUAGAUUUGGCUUGAGGAGAGACUCAGACGCACACACAGAUCUAAGCAUUACAACAGACAGAUCACUGCAUUUGGUGAUUAUAGGUCAUCAGUGACCUUUGAAAUAGCUUGAUUCAGCACAUGUUAGAAGAGUUACACUGCAGGGGUUUAUAAUUUGAAUAAGGAAAAUACCACGUGAUCCUUCUAUGUAUGGAUCUUUGAUUUCACACCUAUAGAAAGUGGUUAUUAUUACCCAUGUAGCUCAGAAAGGCUAAUUUCCCAAAGCCUUCAAGAAGUGGAGAAGAGGCCCUGGCUAAUGUCCCUCAGUGGAUUGAGUGCUGGCUUUGGAAUCAAAGGGUGGCAGAUGGAUUCCCUGUCAGGGUGCAUGCCUGGAAUGAGGGCCAGGUCCCCAUUUGAGGGCACAGGGCGAGGCAACCACACACUGAUGUUUCUCUUCCCCUCUUUCUCCCUUCUGUCCCUUCUCUAAAAUAAAUAAAUACAAUCUUUAAAAAAAAAGAGAGAAGUAGAUAAGGGACUAAAAUUGAGAAGGUUGGCUAACUUCUAAGAUUUGUAUACUUUCCAUUAUACCCUGUCACUGAAGAAGCGAUAAGAACAGACCAGUCCAGUGGACAAAAUCCUGAUCUCUGCAUUUUGGAGAAGCUGAAGGAUCAUAGGUAGCAGAGAAUGGGGAUUUCACAAGUUAGUAAUCAUGAAGUGUCACAAAUUUUUUAAAAAACUUCCAACAGGUCCCGGUAUGAUGGAAGCAAAUUAAAAACGCAGCUUGGAUCACGCUGGCUUUAGGUGUGGCUCAGGGUCAGGCCUCCGCACAGAAUCCAGGGCCCGCGCUCCCCUGGCCGGGGUCCUGACCCCCACUCCGCGCCCCACCCCCCCAUGUGGGUGUCAAGGAAACCGUCAUUCCUCCGCUGUGGUCGGACACGUGCUGUCAAUGUUAAAGGGCUGAGCCACCAAGGGCUCGCAGUAGUCCCAAAGGCCUAGGUUCACUGGAGCACGCCCUCAGACUGCGACGCGCAGCGCGGAGGACUUCGGCUACGCCGUCUACGCUGGCUGCCAACGACCUUUGCGUCGUCAGGGGGUGGGACUACGCAAGUGGGCAAGUGGAUCAUGUGAUCCUGGGCGGAGCCUGCGCACAGCCAGCCAGACCCAUUCGGAGCUGGAGCUGAGGCCGGGUCCUUGAGACCCUGGGGAAGACCGCACCGAGGCUGCUGUGCCCUGGUGGAACGCCCCAGCCGCCGCCAUGGGCAUCAAAUUUUUAGAAGUUAUCAAACCUUUCUGUGCAGUUCUACCAGAAAUACAGAAACCUGAAAGAAAAAUCCAGUUUAGAGAGAAGGUACUAUGGACUGCUAUAACACUCUUCAUUUUCUUAGUAUGUUGUCAGAUACCACUAUUUGGAAUCAUGUCAUCAGAUUCUGCAGAUCCUUUCUACUGGAUGAGAGUUAUUCUUGCAUCCAACAGAGGCACUUUAAUGGAAUUGGGGAUCUCCCCAAUUGUAACAUCUGGUUUGAUUAUGCAGUUGUUAGCUGGAGCCAAAAUCAUUGAAGUUGGAGAUACACCCAAAGAUAGAGCUUUAUUCAAUGGAGCCCAGAAAUUGUUUGGUAUGAUCAUCACCAUCGGCCAAGCCAUUGUGUACGUCAUGACGGGCAUGUACGGGGACCCUGCAGAGAUGGGGGCUGGGAUCUGCCUCCUUAUCAUCAUUCAGUUGUUUGUUGCUGGUUUGAUUGUGCUGCUGUUAGAUGAGCUGCUACAGAAAGGUUACGGCCUGGGGUCUGGUAUAUCCCUCUUUAUUGCCACCAACAUCUGUGAAACCAUUGUCUGGAAGGCCUUUAGCCCUACUACUAUUAACACUGGCAGAGGUACUGAGUUCGAGGGUGCAGUCAUAGCUCUCUUUCAUUUACUGGCCACCAGGACCGACAAAGUCCGAGCUUUAAGGGAGGCUUUCUACCGUCAGAACUUACCCAACCUCAUGAACCUCAUUGCUACCGUUUUUGUGUUCGCUGUUGUUAUAUAUUUCCAGGGAUUUCGUGUUGACUUGCCCAUCAAGUCGGCCCGGUAUCGAGGACAGUACAGCAGCUACCCCAUCAAGCUCUUCUACACCUCGAACAUCCCCAUUAUUCUUCAGUCGGCCUUGGUGUCAAACCUCUAUGUCAUUUCCCAGAUGCUGUCUGUUCGAUUCAGUGGCAACUUUUUAGUAAAUAUACUAGGGCAGUGGGCAGAUGUCAGUGGGGGAGGACCUGCUCGCUCUUAUCCAGUGGGAGGCCUUUGUUAUUUUCUUUCUCCUCCUGAGUCCAUGGGUGCCAUAUUUGAGGAUCCCGUCCAUGUGGUUGUUUAUGUCAUCUUCAUGCUGGGGUCAUGUGCAUUCUUCUCUAAGACGUGGAUAGAGGUGUCUGGUUCCUCAGCCAAAGAUGUAGCUAAACAGCUUAAAGAACAGCAGAUGGUGAUGAGGGGCCACAGAGAUACUUCCAUGGUUCAUGAGCUUAAUAGGUAUAUCCCCACGGCAGCUGCGUUCGGCGGUUUGUGCAUUGGCGCCCUGUCAGUGUUGGCCGACUUCCUCGGGGCCAUUGGCUCCGGCACUGGAAUUCUGCUUGCAGUCACUAUUAUCUAUCAGUAUUUUGAAAUAUUUGUUAAAGAACAGGCUGAAGUAGGUGGGAUGGGUGCUUUGUUUUUCUAAAUGUUCCAAUACUUUGUUGUGGGAAGGAAAAACAUUUUGACACACUGUUUUUGUCAAAUAAUGCUGGCUCCCCUCUUCUUCCUCAUUGUUUUUUCAAGUGCUAACUGUCCCAUUUCUGAAGUGGGCACCAAGCUAAGCCUGUGUGCAGCAUUAGUACCAGCUGCCUUAAAACUGAAGUUUACAUUAUUUGUUAGAAAAUACAUACAUGUAGUGUUGCCUGUGAUGCUGGAAACCAGUGUAUCCACCUUACCAUGGUCAGUGAUGGUGAGGUAACACGGAUCAGUUUUGCACACAACAUUCAAAACACUCAGUAUUCCCCCCACUCAUUUAAAAAUAAAUGUAGUUCAGAUUGCCACUUUCCAGUAUUUUGGGUUUAUUCAAUGAGUUCUAGAACAUUUAUAUCUAAUCUAUGUUUUAGAUAUAAUUACUUUUUACACAUUUAAAACUCAUAGUAUCCCUGUUCCACCCUCCCCUUCUACUGUCCCUUCUCAAAGCAGCCACUUAGUCCAGAUGGGCAAAAUCAAGCUUCUUAAAGCUUCUGUCACUAGAAAAAUUGCUUGUAAUUAUUGUGUUUUACAUCCGUCUUUGUUUCCCAUGACAGCACAGUUGGUGCUGUUUUGAUUGUAUUGGCUAUGCCUUUGAAUUUCAAGUCACUUGAGAAUGCUCUUUAAAGAUACUGUGCCCCAGUUUUUUUUUUUAAAUCCCUAAAGCAAAGAUCUAAUUCUCAAGCAAUGUUUGUAGUUCAGUGGGGGUGAACAAUGAGUAAUUCAUGCUAGGAAUCUGUGUAUGUUGUUGUACUUUAUAGCAGCAACAUGAGUGUAAACAGUAGACUUACAAACUUUUAUUUAAUACAACUGUUUCAGUUGUGUUGGAAAAAUAAAAAAAUCUGAUAUUAAA